GCGCGCCGCCCCGCCCCGCGCGCCCGCCCAGAGCGGCCCCGGCGCGCGUGGCGCUUCCUGCCGGCUCGGAGGACUCACUGCAGCCGGGCUGUCCCCGCGUCCCGCUGUCCCCUCGGGCGCGGGGUCCCAGCCCCGCAGGGACGGGAAGAGGGGACAGCAUGGAGGGGGGGCCGACAGCAGAGAGCCACGGCGGUGUCACAGAGGCACGGGGACAGCCGUGGAGAGGGGACACGCUGCGCAGGGAAACAUUCCGGGCAGGGGAACACCCCGGGAAAGCGGUGGCACCUCGGCCCCGCCACCCUCGCCCCCGCUGUCCCCUUCGUUCUGCCAUCCCCUUCGGUGUCCCGGUCCCCCCGGUGCCCCCGGUCCCGCCCCGCCCCGCCCCGCCCGAGCAGGACACGGCGCCGCCGCCACCGCCGGGACCGGAGCGGGCAGAGCCGCUGCUGGAGCUGCGACAGCACCGGCACCGACACCGGGAAACCCCGCCAGACCCCGACACCGCCGGGACCGGAGUGGGCAGAGCCGCUGCCGGGUGCGACAACAGCAGGACAGAGCGACACCGACAGACACCGGCACCGGCACCGGCGCUCUCGACGUCCCAGCCGAGCCCGGAGCGGGUGCCCAGCCCGGAGGAGCAGGAGUGGGCAGGGCCCGAGGCGCUGUGCCCAGGCUGGCUGGAGGACGAGGCCCCCGAUGGCGAAGUGCCCGGGGACAGCGGGGACCCCGACAGUGCCACCCACGCCUACGAGCGGCUCCAGAGCGCCCUGUGCCAGGAGGGGCUGCCCCCCACGCUGGACUGCUCCGCGGAGCCCCGCACGGGAUUUGGCCCGCUGGACAUGACAGUUUGCAUCCUGGGCUCCCCCAUCCCCUUCCUGCCGGUACUGCUGGAGGGUGGCACCCGCUGCCCAGGUGCCAUGGUGCUGUGCCUGUCCCCCACCUGGGCCAGCCGGGUGCCAUCGGAGUCGUCCCCAGGCGCCUGGUCCCUGCUGCUCUCCCGGGGCGUCUCCUUCAAGGUGGGGGGGCACAGCGCCCUGGAGACCUUCGUGCCCCCCCGCCGCGCCAACUACGUGACGGGCACCUUCGCGCCGGGGGACCAAGAGGGCGGCUGGGUGGGCGAGCUGGCCCGUGACCUCGACUGCCCCACGGGGGGCUCGGUCCCGCUCGCCCACCGCCUCGAGGACACGCUGGUCACCCGCUGGGUGCUGGCGGCUCACGCCAACCUGCCUGUGCCCCCCACCCUGGCCUUCGUCCUGGGGGCCAGGGGGGACCUGCCCGCCGAGCCCGUGGCCCCCGGGGUGAGGCUGGUGCGGCUGCAGGACCCCCAGGGCCAGCAGAGCCUGGUGCAGGAGGAGGUGGGUGCCUUCCUGGGGGGCACCGCCAUGGAGCCCUACGGCCAGGUGGUGGUGCGGCCGGCGGGGUGGCGGUGGCGGGGGACAGGCGCCCGCAGCACCCACAGGAAGGAGGAGGGGGCGGCGGUGGCGCAGGCGGUGGGUGCCCGGCUCCGGGGGCUGACGGAGGAGGACAGCGUCCUGCUGGAGGCCAUGGUGCCCACCGCCCGCCUGCCCGUGCCCCCCCCACGUAAGGCCCCCGCCCUCGGGCGCCCACCACCCUGGGAGCGGGGGGGAAGAGUCCCCCGGGGUCCCUCGGGUCCCUGCAGCUGUGCCGGCCACAUGUCUGUCCCCUGGGGCGGGUGGGUGGGGGCCAUCGGGGUGCCCAAAUUACUGGGGUCCUGGGGGAGGGCACGAGGCCCUCCCCGGCAUCCCCCCGGCACCCCCAUCCCGUGGCCUGGCACGCCAUGUCCUGGCACUCCCGGUGGGGCAGCCAGGACCCCCGAAGCACCCAGGCCACCCCACGAGAGCAGCAGGUGA